AUGAUUUUUUUAUUUAUUUAUCCAGCACAUAUUUCCUGUUCUGUUUCUUGCUGGGGCCUUGUUUACUGCAUUGCGCUCCCAGUACCAAACGCGAAGCCGGAAUAUCCGGUUCUGCCCCAAGCGCUUGUUGAAUCAUGCCCAGAUCGUCGAGCCUAA